AUGGGCUUACAAACGAUGGAGAGAGAGAGCGAGAGCGAUAAGGGCCUCUUCGAGGGAGAGAAAGCGUCGGACAAGCCCAGGUAUUUAACCAGGAAAGAGGGAAAAAAAGACCUUUUCGACCUUUGCUCUUUCCUUCGUUGGGGCUUCGGCCCAUCUUUUUGCCUUUUUGGAAAGGGAAAGAAAAACACAAAGGUCGCCGUGAGGGAAGCUAGUCCUCAUGUGGGUCAUGUUUACCUUGUUGGGCUGGCAGCUGCAGAUAAGAGGUACCUAAAGAUACUUCCUCUCCUAGUGAGUUUAGGCGGACAAAGAAGUAUCCCCAAGUGUCUUUCCUCUUGCGUAAUAGUCAUGCCUUGUGGCUUUUCUCAUGAUCUGCCCCCCCCGCCUAGUUACGUCAUCCUUCAGCUUCUCCCUACAAGCAGCUUGCAUACACAUAACCGCAAGACAUGUCAUUACUUGGCUGGGUCCCGCAAGGCGACCUUGGAUAACUUGACGGGGGCAAGCUGUUCCUGGUGGCCCAGGUACAUACACACACCUACUUUGGGUCUUCCUCACAUCCGAGACCUGCCGGCGCCUCUGCCCUUCCUUUGCCCUACACACGAUAUGCCUAGGACUAUGGGAUGGGGCAUCCCGCAGCCAUCGACGAAACCCCAGAAAUACAAGAUGCCAACGGCCGCCAUUCCACUUAAUCGAACAUGGGCUUGGUAUUUUCAGUCUUAUGUAUCUUCUAGACAUCGAUUCUAUCCCUGUCGCGGCACAUUUAUUCUCCACGGAAGAUCAAUGUUACUCCCUAGAACCUUAAUCCGAAGCCCGUUGCCAUGCAACCGUCCCUUGGAUACCGCUGUUCCAUCCUUCUCAACGCUAACCGGAGACGAAGAAAAACUACUUCAGCGGCUUACCGCUUGGGCGCUAACAGCCACUCUAUUCUACAUCCUUGGUACCUCUGAAAUAUUGGUAAGACUACCGAGUGAUGCCAUCCCCCUCUACCAACGUGUAAGUUGGAACGAAUUGGAUAAGCCUCCCUACCCGAGUGCCGUUAUCCGCAGAGGUCAGUGUCUGUCCUACAACGUGGGUACCCAACCACAGCGCAUCAACCCUAUCGGACCAACUUCUGCCGAUGUCGUAGAAUACCAAACCCCCAGCGGGACCCUAGCUGACAUCCUCCCUAGCCCAUACAUGCUCAGUAAGAACGAUGUGUAUCAGGAUCAAGUAUAUUGUUUCCCUUUAUUUCUCAACACCCCUGCGAAUGGUACUCUACCUUGA